AUGUCUGCUCGCAUCGUUCGAUCUUCUCUGGCUUUGAGGCCCAUGCCCGCUCUCCAGCGCGGCUUUCGCACAACAGCUCUGUCUAGACACAAUGAGAGCGAACCCAUUGGACCCAAGUCCUCUGACAAGCCUAUGAGCAAGGGUGCAAACUCGCAAAUGAUCAUGUAUGGCGGAAUUGGUCUUGCUCUUGGCGCCGGCUUUCUUCUCCUCAUGUCGCGACCCGACGUUGCAAAGGAUCAACCCAUUGACGGCGUCACGAACAAGCCAGUGAGCCCCAAAUAG